UUUGGGAACCCCAAAAACACACGGGGCAGCGUCAUCCUCAACGCUGGACCCCUCGUUUCGCCAUGGGCAGCUUUCGCCAUGUGGAGCCGACGAGCCUAUCGACUGCCUUGGGCGAGACUCAGCGCCUUCCGGUGCUGUGGCAACGAGACUCUGCGCAGUAGUGGCAGGUCCAAUGUGGCACAACUGGCAGCAUCCAUCAAGCUGCGGCUUCUGAGUGAAGAAAGCUGUGCGAUUGACUGCCUCGGCCCCGAGGCCAUUUUCCGCUCCUUGCGUGCCAUGCACUUGGCGAUGGUCUUUGCACGCCGGGAGAGGGCCAUCGACCAGACCUUAUGCCUCACCCCAGAGGAGAUGAGCAUCCUUCAGGAGGCUCCAGAUCCAGAAGUGACGGAGGCCCGGGCUCGGGCGUUGCUCCGCACGCGGCUGCAUCUCUUCCUGAGCGAUUGGCAGCCGCGCGAGGCGUCAAAUGACUUGACGGGUGAGAGGAGCUCACAGCUCUUUGUGGGCCGAGACACUCAUGUGGGUUUGCUGGCCGGUCUUUGCGCCAUGCAUUUGAAGGAUGGCCAUGAGGUGACGCUCUGCGCCGGCCGCGACCUUGCAGUGGCACGUGCCAUCAAGGCCUUCGCUGCUACUCAGCUCUACCUGCAGAAGCAGCACCUCCUCACCUCCUCGCGGCGCUUGGCCGUGAAGACGGUUUGGGCCCCCAGCGACCGAAGUGGCUUCGUGACGAAGGCGAUCUUCACCUGCAAGUUGCUGAAUGACUGAGCAUGCUAGGGAUCGAUUCCCAGUCAGGAACUGAUCCAUCCUGAAACGCUCGGAACCAAGUGAGCCGAUCUCCGAUGUGCUGCGACUCUUCGCCGAUCUGGUGAGCAUAAUCCGCGCUCCAUCCGAAGCAGCGAACCCACGGGAAGACCCCGGGGGGGCUCUCCCGUCGCGUCGCCCCCGUUCCCCGCCGCGGACCGGGUUUGGAACAGCCGGGGGGCGCACGGAACACCGGGACGACCCCCCGGGGCACGAGGGUCGCCCGGACCUCGCGUCGACCGGUGGCGGUGGCGAAAACGUGGUCGGUCCAGCGCGAGUCGGGUGGUCCGGAGGCGGAGAGGUCACAGGGGACUGAAGCUUCCCACCACUGCUGAGC